CUCAAUUGAAUGGAAUUCUAAAACUCGACUAUAAUCCUACUUCCACAGGGACACUCCCGUGGGUUUUCCCUCGUAUUUUAAACGGAAAACCGCUCGAUUAUUCAUCCAGGAUCACUGGCAUGUUGCCAUCCUCCAUCAAGGCGGCCUAUUACAAGAGGUCCAUUAGAAAUACUAUCGGGGAACACCCUUCUGGCCUAAAACCAAAAGAAUCAAUUUUCUCCUCUCAUGUAACAAUAAAAUCUUCCCUUUUUGAACGCAUUAUAACUGGUACUAUUAUCGUUAAACAGAAUAUCAAAGAAAUGAAAUCCAAUAAUCAGGUUGAAUUUGUGGAUGGAAGUAUUUUGGAAGAUAUUGAUGCUAUCGUCUACGCCACGGGUUAUAAUAUUGAAUUUCCGUUUCUGGACAGGGCUAUUGUUUCUGGCGGCGAGGAGAUCGAGAAAGAAUUCGAUGAAGAGUACAGGGAGAACCUAGUUUGGAUGUAUAAAAUGAUGUUUCCACCAAAGUAUCCGAACAUUGCUUUUGUCGGGCUUGUUCAGCCUAAUGGACCUAUCUUUCCCGCCGCGUAA